AUGGACAUAUGGAUUGAGUGGUACCCACCUGAAAGAUACACAUCUCAGCAGCCAAGAACUUCAAUAAAAAUGUAUAUCCCAACUCCUUUUAUAAUCUUGAAUGCUUCUCGGUCAACGUCGGUGUCACUUCCAGUCUUGGAUGCUACCAGGAUGCCAGGGAAGAGGUAUGAAAUUCUCAACUUAGGAAGGAACAUACAACCUAUAAUGUGUCGAUCACUAACUAAUAAACAGGAGUCUGAUGUUGGAAAGAAGCAACUGGUGUGCAUUUUGUAUGCAUUGGAAUUAGAUUCAGAAUGCAUGAUGAUUGGUUUCUUAUGUGUUCAUAUAGGAAGUUUGACGCAGUACAGUGCGGGGGAGGCGGUGUCCUCUGCAGCUAGGUCUACUUGCUGGCGACCUCACCAUCACCAACCCAUCUACAGAUCCAGAAGCUCACGCAUGGAGGACAUGGACAUUGGUAUCGUCUGUGACGAGGGUUCCCCAGGAUCAAUAGCGUCAAGGACAGGAACGCCUGUGCCCAAUGAUAAUGACUACCUGAUAGUGAUUCCUUAUGCUCACAUCUUUGGCCUCAUGCUGCAAGCUCUAAAGCUGCCCCCUGCAACUUACCAGCACAAAAUAUACCCAGGCGGAAAGAAUCGUGUGACAGUGACUUUCAUUUCUACUUUGGAAUUGCUAGAUGGUUCACUUGUCCCGAGUUCUAUACCAGGUGCAAUCUUAGAUAGCUAUGAAGAUGCAGAAGACAGUGCUGCUAUGGAGGCUAUUAGAUUCAUGGAGAAUGCAUAUGGCAAAGAAAUGAGGGGCUACCACUACACCCAUGUCAAGAGGCUAGAAAAUCAAGUGACGCACCUGGUCAAAUGGUUGACUUCAUCCAAUGAGACAAUCAAGAAGCUGCGCAAAACAUGCUACUACGCUGUCAGGUACAUGAACUCAUAUUCUGCCCGGAUAGAAAACACAACAGCUGCUCGCCACCUGAAAGGUCAGGACAACACCAAAGGAGUUAUGAAAACAGCUCUUGCAAGCAUCGAAGGACUGACGCAAAGGCUACGCUACAUUGCUAUGAAGUUUGAGCAGCGCCUUGAAGCAACCAGAAAUAGUUUCUGGUAA